AUGCUUCCUCCUCCCACUCAGACCGACGCAUUGAGCCAUCAUCUCUCUUGCACGCCUAUUACUCCCCCUGUUCGGCCUACCCUUGACGCCAAAUUCAAUCACUGUCCCGUCAUGCAAUUCGAUCACAACAAGACAAGCUUUGCCUUGGACUCGCCGAUUCAAUAUGCACCUGCUGCUCUUAGGGGUAUUGAGAGAACCUUAUUCAACAAUGCCUUUACAACUGACCCCUCCUCAGAGUAUGAUUAUUCUCUGACUGAGGUACCUGGUCCAUCCCAGUCUAGAUAUCAUAGUGCCAAUAGAGCACUGUGCCCUUUGGAUCUAUGGACCAAAACAACUGCGACUGAGUCUGGUUUCUCUCACCCAAGCCCACACUACACUGAGGAUGAAGCUUACUAUAACAUCACUCAGCAACACAUCUUCAUCCUGGAUCCUUCGAAUGCCCCUUUACAUCCUGUGGCAAACGAUACGGUCGUGCAGAUACUCUACAAGCGCACCAGCGAGCAGUGGGUCACGUCUCUGGUUCUUAUUUACAGCAAUCCGAUCCAACAAGAAGCCAUUCUUACCAGGUCCCACCGAGACACUAGACACAUCAAUGCUUGA